CAAAGAUUUUAUUUUAAUUUAUGGGCAAAAAGGAAAAGGGAAAGCAAAAUCCACUAGGCGAAGUGAGCAGAGAUUAUACUAUUAAUCUUCACAAGGCUGUUCACAAGGAAACUUUCAAGAGAAAGGCUCCCCGUGCUGUCAGUCACAUUAUUAGAUUUGCUCAAAAAAAUAUGUUAACAGAAGAUGUAAGAGUUGAUCCAUAAUUGAAUGAAGAAAUUUGGAAGACAGGAAUCCGCAAUUUGCCAAGAAGAAUCAGAGUCAGACUCCAAAGAAAGAAGAAGGAAGAAGAUGAUGGAAAAGGAAAAUACUAUACCCUUGCAUAGCACGUUCCAGUAGAUUCAUUCGCAAACCUUAAAACAGAAAUCACAAAAGUCUAAUGAUUUACAUAAUUGUACAAUACAAUAAUAUAUAAAUAAGUUUAUUAUUU